UGUUUAAACAAUUGAAUGCUGUAAAGAAAAAUUGUUACGUUUAAAAUAGCUCUCAGUGCGGACAGGGAAAACUGAAAACUGAAGCCUGUCCAAUCGCAGAUGCGGACGGGUGCACACAUGCGUGGUCAGUGUCUGUGUAUGAGCUGUACACGCUGGCGUGCGCAUGUGUGGGGCGCAAAGGUGUGAAGCGGAGCGCGCCGCGGGGCGGAGGCGGCGUGCGCGCCCACUCGCGAUGCCGCGCAGAACCGCCGCGUACGCGGAGUGAUCGUUUUUCCCGCGAUGCUGUGAUUGUGCCAAAGAACGCCAAAGAUAGAGUGAUUGCCAUCGAGUGGUACGCGUAGAGAAGGUAAAUAUGGAGACAGUAACGUCGAUGGGACGCGUAGUCAGUGAAGAGCAAAGAGAGGAGGAACCGACGCAGGAAGCGUUACAACUAGUCAAAAAUGAGGAAAGAAUAGAACAGGAACAAGCUGUGGAUGCCUCCAACGGCGCGAGCGAGCAACCGGCAGUCGAAAUGCACUCCAACGCCGCCAGCCGAGACCCGUCUCCACACCCACACUCGCAGUCCGUGAUCACCUCGCGACGCGCAGUGCGCACCAUCACUGCCGCCGGGCACAUCACCACCGAGACCGGGGAGCUCGGCAACGACGACGGGGUCAAAGAUGAGCCGCCAGAAACGUCCCAAAUGGAACACGAGCAGCACCAACUCCAGCAUUACGCGCCCAAGUUAGAAGAAACAGACGGACGUGAAGCCCCACAACAACACUACGACGAGGAAAGGUUACGGUUAGCGGAAGCUGAAACGGCUCGAUAUCUAGCGUUCAAGCAAGAGCCUUAUAGAACGCUACCAUCUCCAGCGUCGGCGGACAAGCGCCUGCAGCCGCAAUACGCUCGCGCCCCGCAGCGGCCCCCCUACGGACGCGGGCUGGCGCUGCGCUACGGGGCGCCUCACCACGUCAUCGUUGCUCAGGAAGGUGAAGCGGAGGAGCACGGGCAUGAAGCCUUUUUAGCGCAUAAAGAUAAAACAGAACAAAUGCAAGUUUACGCAACGAGUGGCGAGGGGGCCAACGGCUCCGCAGACGGGCGGCAGUACGCGGCCGUAUUGAGCGAUCAGGCGGCUGCGUCCACCGCUUUGGAGAUGAUUCAGACGACGUCGCUCAGCAACCAACAGUCCGUGGGAGUGGCGUACCAGCAAGUGAAGUACGAGACGAGGGCAGAGGGCGAGCCGCGGCCCACGACGUACGCGAGCCUGCAGCCGGUGACGUCGGUGCACGGCGGCUACGCGUACGCCGGUCAGAGCCCGCAGUACGGCGGCGCGGGCUACGGCGCCUACGCGGGCGGCGGCAAGGAGCUGCUCACGCUGUACGGCGGCGCGCCGGGCCCGAGCGCGGCGCGCGGCGACGAGUCCCCGCCGGGCCAGCUCAUGUACCGCAGCGACCCCACGCUGUCGUCCUCCUCGCUGACCGCGCGGGGCGCGCACGUCGUGUACGGCUCCGUCGUGCCGCAGUCGCAGACCGUAUACGAAGCUCCCCCGAGUCCCAAUUCUCAGCAGGUGACGCUGUACACGCACGGCAACACGGUGCAGUACAAGGUGGGCGGCGAGCACUACCUGGGGCAGGGCGGCGGCGUGGAGUACGUGCCGGUGUCGGGCUACGAGAGCGGGCUGCUGGUGGAGAGCUACCCGGCGCCGGCGCAGGCCUGGCCCGCGCACAACCUGCUGCCCAUCGACGACGGGUUCGACCCCGCGAUGGCCGGCAUGGGCGAGGUGAAGGAGUGCGUGAACUGCGCCGCGGCCACGACGCCGCUGUGGCGGCGCGACGGCACCGGCCACUACCUGUGCAACGCCUGCGGGCUCUACACGCGCAUCAACGGCGUCAACCGCCCGCCGCUCAAGGGGCAGAAGGCCAAGCCGCAGCAGGCGCUGCAGUAUGUUUGGCAGCCGACGAACGGCAACCGGCGCGUGGGCGUCACGUGCGCCAACUGCCGCACCUCCAACACCACGCUGUGGCGCCGCAACAACAACGGCGAGCCCGUCUGCAACGCCUGCGGCCUCUACUACAAGCUGCACAACGUGAACCGGCCGCUGAGCAUGAAGAAGGACGGCAUCCAGACGCGCAAGCGCAAGCCCAAGAGCAUGGGCGGCGGGCACGGCGGCGUGGCGCGGCCCGGCGGCGCGCUCUCCGUGGAGGCACCCCCGCACAAGGUGCUGCCUCCGCUGUACGCGGCGGUGGAGGCGGGCGGCGCGGGCGCGGGCGCGGCGGCCGCGGGCGCGCUGCUGCUGCUGCCCUCUGCGCGCCACCAAGCCGAUAUGGUACCAGCGCUAGAGCGCGGCGCGCCGCACUACCGCCCGCCGUGACCGCCCGCGCAUCCUGUACAUACUAGUUUGUAAUCCACUCUCACAUUCAAGGUGGACCCAACUCUCUUGCAUUCUAUGAGCACGUAAUGAGAAAAUACAAUUGAAAAUUAUCAAGAGCAGAUUUUGUCAAAAGAUACGAAUAUGUACGAGUAAGUAUCGCACCAGAAGUAAAUUAUGACAAUGAGCAUUAGUUAUAGAUACUUUGCAGCAAGACGAUGCUAGAGAUGUGGGUGUGGGCCUGCCUUUGUAAAUAUUGUGAAUUGUUGUGUAAAUUAAGAAAAUAGAACAAAAGCAGCUUUGAGCCAAAUAUAAAAUACAUACGAGUCUAAUAAUUUUGUACAGUAAUUUUAUCUGUUGUGUUCACUGUUGAACGUCAACUGACGCAUAGUUUACUUAAGUUAAUUCUCAAAUAGUGUAACAGCGUUCGAAUUACCGCUUAUUUUAUAAAGUUGUGCGUUUGCGCAGAGUUAGGUUAAAGAAAUGAAUAAAUCCAACAUACGUAUAUAGAGUUUAUGUUGUCGUCUCUGCAAUAAGGAGUUACUUUCAACACUUUGUAUUGAAAGGGAAAUACGUAUUUUAAUUGUACAUGGAGCAACGUAUGGAUAAAUAAUGAGGUAUUAUGAAAACACAUUUGUGCCGAUAAAAAAUUUAAACAUUCUUCUAACCCGUCUAAAAUAAUUUAAUUAACUUUUUCUAGAACGCAUUACGUUUCCUACAGACGAGUUUAACUGUUAUUUAGCAACGAAUUUAUUAAUUACUAUUUACUUGUUUAAGAGUUGACAUAACUGCGUGUAAAUGUAAAGAGUUCCGAGUGUUUGCUAUAGGUCUGUAUUAUUUAUAAUUUGACAGAGUCACUGAUGUAAUGUGGAGUAAAGAAAAUUACUAUUUUUA